AUGUUUGCCGCAGCCACUAAGAACUUUGUGAAGCAGGUGGGAGACACCGGGAGGUUGAUCCCCGUCCCGAGCCUGAGCGAGGCCGACCGGUACCAGCCGCUCAGCCUGGUCACGAGGAAGAGGAAGAGGCACCUGUGGAAGAAGAACAAGUUUGCCUCCACGGCCUUCUCCCUGAAGGACAUCCUGGUGGGAGAGAAGGAGAUCACAGCAGGCGUCUCGUCUUAUCAGCUCCUGAACUACGAGGACAAAUCGGACGUGGCCCUCAACGGUCGCCUGGGAAACCACAUCAUCAACGACGUGGGCUUCAACAUCAGCGGCUCGGACUCUGUGGCCGUCAAGGCCUCGUUCGGCAUCGUGACCAAACACGAGCUGGAGGUGCCCACGCUGCUGCGGGAGCUCAACUCCAGGAAAGUGGACCUGGAUCACUGCCUGGUCCGUCAGGCCAAGGAGAGCCGGCGCUGUGUCCUCUGCGUGGUCGUGGAAAGCAUCCGCACCACGCGGCAGUGCUCCCUCAGCGUCCACGCCGGGAUGAGAGGGACCACCAUGAGGUUUCAGAUCGACGACGGGAGGAACCCGAGAGGUCGAGACAAGGCCAUCGUCAUCCCGGCUCACACGACCAUCGCCUUCAGCAUCUGUCAGCUGUUUGUUCGACUGGACGGGCGGCUCGAUAUUUGCGUGGCUCCGGAGUCUCAGGGCGGAUUCGAGCGGGAGCAGAUCCGGGAGCAGCUCGGCGGCUACAUCGGUCACUUCUCCAUGGGUCGACUGCGUCGCUUCCUGUCCGGGAUCAUCUACGGAAACCCCUUCAGAGCAGACGACCGGACGUUUGAGGAGCUCACCCACUCCGACACCUACAUGGACGACAUGGUGACGGACUACUACGAGAAAGCCGCCAGCAUGACGGACGUGUCCACCAGCUACCUGAGGGAAAGCGCCCACACGCGGGUCAACCUCCUCACGCACAACAUCCCGAAGGGCCCGUGCGCGCUGUGCGGCAUGGGGAACCAGCGGCGGGAAACCGUCUACGGCUGCUUGGAGUGCUCGACCGGAGGCCAGAAGUACGUCCGCCUGCACGUGGUGCCCUGUUUUGACCUUUGGCACAAAACGCUUCGGUGA